AUGGCAUUGCCAAGGUUUAUUGUGCUGAAAUCAAAGUAUAACAACAAAUACUUGCGGUACAUAAAUGAAGAUGUGCAACAAGUGCAUGGGUUUGUCCAAUUCUCGGGAGAGGAGGUUGUGAGCCCGUACGUAAAGUUCCAAGUGGAGUGGGCAAAGAGUGGAAGAAAGAAUGGACAUCUGGUGCACAUAAGGUGCUGUUACAACAACAAAUACUUGGUAAUAAGAUGGUCUCCCAAUAAUCAGGGGUGGAUUGUUGCUGGGGCUGACGAACCAAAUGAAGACCAAUCCAUAUGGUCAUGUACUUUGUUCGAGCCCAUCUAUGUACAGGGCACUGAUGGUGUCCGAUUUCGCCAUGUCCAACUCGGUCGCUAUGUAUGCUUAUGGAGGGAUCCACCCCCACGCUAUGCCUGCUUAUUGGCCAAUUCCGCAAAUAUUGACAAAGAUGGUUGCGAUGUCUAUACAAUCAUCAAUUGGGAAUCGCUGUUGAUAUUGCCCAAGCACGUUGCCUUCAAGGGCGAUAAUGGCAAGUACCUCAGCGCCCGCAUGAUCGAGCGACACCCAUAUCUGCAGUUCGCAUCCAGUGACAUUGGAGACGAAAGAGUUGGGAACGAGGUCUUCACCACUAGUAGCGGGAGCAUUCGCAUAAAGUCUGAUUUCUUCGGCAAGUUCUGGAGGCGCAGCCCUAAUUGGAUCUGGGCCGACUCAGAUGACACCACCACUGCCAGCAACAACUCCGACACGUUGUUUUGGCCUGUCAUGUUAAAAUUGAUGUAUGUAUUAUUGAUUGAUAUGUUGAUUUGA